GCGGUGCGGUAGUGCACUAUUUUGUUGAAGGACAACCGCCAGAACUAUCCGAAGAAGAAGAAGAAGUCGGUGAAAUGGCACAGAGAAGCGUUCAGCUGGACGUGGAGACCUUCUCCUGUUCCAUCUGUCUGGACCUACUGAAGGCUCCGGUGACUAUUCCAUGUGGCCACAGCUACUGUAUGGGCUGUAUCCACAGUUUGUGGGAUGAAGGGGGAGAGGGGAGGAAAAGUCGCAGCUGCCCUCAGUGUCGGCAGACCUUCACACCAAGGCCUGCUCUGGUUAAUAACACUAUGUUAGCAGCUUUGGUGGAGCAGCUGAAGGAGAGUGGACUCCAGGCGGCUCCUGCAGGUCACUUCCACCCUGGACCGGAAGAUGUGUUCUGUGAUGUGUGCGCUGGGAGGAAGAGGAAGGCGAUCAGGUCCUGUCUCGUCUGCUUGGCUUCUUACUGUAAGGAACACCUGCAGCCUCACCGUAGAUCCGCUCCGCUACAGAAACAUAAGCUGGUGAAGCCCACCAAGAAGCUCCUGGAGAACAUCUGCUCCCGUCACGACGAGGUGAUGAAGGUUUUCUGUCGCACCGAUCAGCAGUGCAUCUGCAUUUUGUGCACCAUGGAUGACCAUAAAGGCCAUGAAACAGUCCCAACUGCAACUGAGAGCAUGGAGAAGCAGAAGGAGCUGGAGGAGAGUCACCAGAGAAUCCUGCAGAAGAUCCAGGACAAGGAGAAGGAAAUGAAAAGGCUCCAGCAGGAGGUGGAGGACUUCAGUCUUUCUGCUGAUAAAGCAGUGGAGGACAGUGAGAAGAUCUUCACUGAGCUGAUCCGUCUCAUCCAGAAAAGACGCUCUGAGGUGAAGCAGCAGAUCAGAUCCCAGCAGGAAACUGGAGUGAGACGAGUCAAAGAGCUCCAGGAGAAGCUGGAGCAGGAGAUCGCUGAGCUGAAGAAGAAAGACGCUGAGCUGAAGCAGCUCUCACACACAGAGGAUCACAUCCAGUUCCUUCAAAACUACGCCUUACUGUCAUCCUUCGCUGAGUCUGCAGACUCUGACAUCAGCGCCGGUCCUCUGACGCGCUUCCAGGACGUGACAGCAGCUGUGUCCAAGCUCAGAGACAAACUGCAGGACGUCCUGAGAGACACGGGGACGAACAUCUCGCCGACGGCGUCUGAUGUGGACGCUUCGUUGGCCAGUUCCCAGCCAGAGCCAAAGAGCAGAGCUGAGUUCCUGAAAUAUGCCUGUGAAAUCACUCUGGAUCCAAACACAGCUUUCAGAACACUGCUGCUGAGCAAAGAGAGCAGAGCAGCGAUGGUGUGGUAUGAGGAGGAGUCCUACACCCCCAACCCUGAGAGAUUCACCUCAUGCAGACAGGCCCUGAGCAGGGAGGCCCUGACAGGACGAGGCUACUUUGAGUUUAAGUGGGCCGGGAUAGGAAUCAUCGUAGCAGUUGCAUACCGGAGCAUCAGGAGAGCAGGGAGUUCACAUGAAUGUAUGUUUGGGUUCAACGAUAAGUCUUGGGCAUUACGCUGUGACCUUAACUGUCUGGGUCUGGGUAUGACUGGUUACACCUUCUCCCAUAAUAAAGUGGAGACCCGAGUCUCAGGCCCUCAGUCCGGCAGAGUGGGAGUGUACCUGGAUCACAGCGCAGGUAUUCUGUCCUUCUAUGAUGUCUCUGACACCAUGACUCUCCUCCACAGAGUCCAGACCGCUUUCACCCAGCCGCUCUAUGCUGGACUUUGCUUUUAUUUCUGCGACGGAGGCGAUGCUGAGUUCUGCAACCUCAAAGAAACAGAACCAGACAGUGACCAGUAAGGAUUGUAGAUCAUAUGCUAAUGAAAUACCUUAAAGGUGCAUCAGAAUAAACUAGUAUAUCUUUGCAGUAAUUCAAUUCAAAACUCAUACAUAUAAAGAGAUUCUUUAUAUUUCUAAAUAUUUACUGUACAUUUGAACAAGCUGCAAAUUUCUGUGUUUUUCAGUCAAUUAAAAAUAUGAAAUAAACCAAGAAAAAUAAUGUUUGGGACAAAUUUUACACAACCACGAUAAAAGACUGCUGCCCUGACAGUUAUUGAUAUUCCGCAGAGUGUCUGUCUCAAUUUAAAGAAACUGGCCAGUCAGAGCGCUCUAUCAAACUAUAUUAAUGGAAAUUUGAGUGGAAGGUCUGACAGACAAAGGCGCACAGGUGUUACAACAAUUAAGUUCUGGUUUAUUUACAGUAUAAAGCACAGAUUUACAGCAAAUGUCUCAAGGCACUUGGCAAAACAAACUGAUCCAAUUAAGAUGAUUAUGAACCAAAGUCAACCCUGGAGUCUUUAUCUGGAUAUACAGAAAGUGGACUGCGGCUGGAGUCAGAGCUUUGUAUGGCCUCCACACACGGAUCCAUCCAGAACCUGGGCUAAAACAGUCACGAGUCCUCCUUACAGAUGACAGUAAAGGUUGCAUUUCAUUUAGAAAUCAACAUCCCAGAGUCAGGAGGAAGACGUUUCCAGGGUGACGUUUCCUGUCAGUGAAGGUCUGGGGUACCGUACCAUCGGCCAGGGUUGGUCCACUGGGUUUCCUGAAGUCCUCAGUCAAUGCAACCAUCUGGCAGGAAAUGUUGGAGUUCUUCCUUCUGCUGACAAACUUUGCAGAGGUUCUGAUUUCAGUAGGACUUGGUACUGACCCACUCUGCCAAAGGUACCAGAAGCUGGUUGAGGGACCAUGGCGUUGCAGUGGCCUAAACCCCACAGAGACACCAUGGGCUAUAGUAGCAUAGAGGAAGGGAAGGGACACCAGAACCAUGGAUGCAGACAAGCUGAAGGCCACCGCUGAAACAAACUGGACCUCACAGAGUGGCAGGCCGGUCUUCAUUCUACGCUGCAUUGAUGCAGAAAUUCAUGUACUAUACAGUAAAUGAAAAAUGCAUUUAUAUAACAAUUGUUUGAAUUGGUCUUCUGUACUAUAGCAUUUUUCUGAGAAAUAUAAAUGUGGGCUUUAUCUGUAAA